AUCAGCUGUUCAGAAGAAGUGGCACCAUAAUUAUUUAACUAAUUUUUGUGCUUGAUGCCAACUUUAAAAAUGAAACUAUCGUUGAUAUCCCAAAAGAGGAUGUGCCGUAUGAGGAAAAGAUCCUGCAUAAUGCACUGGUUGAAACAUAUUGACCACAAAGCUAAAGCACUCAACAACGGUGUUAAUAUAAUGUAUAAACGAGUAUUUAAGAAAUUGCCUGGCUGUUACAAAACAUGUACGUGGACGUCCAUUGAACGACCCUAUGUAUGAAGAAGUCAAUAAUACGUUUGAACGCGCAUUGGUUUUUAUGCAUAAAAUGCCACGCAUUUGGAUGGAUUAUGGUACUUUUAUGACUUUGCAAUGUCGAAUAACACGUACCAGAUACGUUAUUGAUCGCGCCUUACGUGCGCUACCCAUAACGCAGUAUCAUCGUAUCUGGCCACUGUAUCUGAAGUUUGUACGUCAGUUUGACAUACCCGAAACUGCGGUGCGAGUUUAUAGGCGAUACUUAAAAUUAUGCCCAGAUGAAGCUGAGGAAUAUAUUGAAUAUUUAUCUGAAGUGGGUAAAUUAGAUGAUGCGGCUCAGCAGUUAGCUACGAUUGUAGAUAACGAAAAUUUUGCUUCAAAAUUUGGUAAAUCAAAUCAUCAACUUUGGAAUGAGUUGUGUGAACUUAUAUCUAAGAAUCCGCAUAAAGUGCAUUCACUGAAUGUGGAUGCAAUUAUUAGAGGUGGCUUGAGAAGGUACAGACCCAAUUGAUAUUGGGACACUUAUGGCACUCUUUGGCAGAUUACCACGUACAUUCUAAUUUUAAUCUUCCAUAUCUGGAAGUAUUCCACCAAGAGGUCUAUAUUUUCCUGUAAGGUGUUGCUUACGCUGUAUGUCAAAAGUUAACUUACCCCACAAUAAAAUUACAAUCGAAGUAUAUCAUUUUUAUUGAUUUUUAUUCAUAUAUUCCAAAACAUAAAUCAGAUAAUUAUUAGAAGA